AUGAGUGAAUAUUCUCCAGAAGAAUUGGGUUUAAUCGAGGCGUUGAGAGAAACCAAUUUGGGUGAUAACAAUUCUCUUGAAAUGGAUGAGGCUUAUGAACGGCAGCAGGCGGCCAUGCUCGAUCUCCAGAAAACGUGUGUCGAGCAUGGAAUAGGCCUGGAUGGUGCUGGAGGAAGUGGCGGUGGUGGUCAAGGUGGCGGUCGAGGUGGCGGUAAAGGUGGUGGUCAAGGUGGCGGUAAAGGUGGCGGUCGAGGUGGCGGUAAAGGUGGUGGUCAAGGUGGCGGUCGAGGUGGCGGUGGAGGUGGACAUGGUGGCCAAGGUAAGCCUUAG